UAGAAAGGGAGGAGCUGACAGUACAAACGUAAUGUCCGUCGCCAUGUACGAGUAGGUAGGCGAAAUCGUUUUUCCGGGGAGUUGUGUGGUUAAAUAGGAAACUACAGAAUAAUUUGAAGAGGUUAUCCAUCCGCAGAGGUGCCAGCGAUGGCUUUCAGCAAAGGCUAUCGAGUAUACCACAAAUUGGAUAUACCUCCUUACAGCGUGCUGGUGGAAGCGAGGAACCGCGAAGAAUGUCUUCUCUUCGAAUCGGGAGCAGUGGCGGUGCUAUCUGCUGCAGAAAAAGACGCUAUUAAAAACAUGUACACAAAAAUACUUGAUGUAUAUGGAGUAUUGGGUGUUUUACGACUUAAUCUUGGGGAUAGCAUGGUGCACAGUCUUGUCUUAGUCACUGGGUGUAUGUCCGUUGGAAAACUCCAAGAUUCAGAAGUGUUUAGAGUCGCAUCAACUGAAUUUGUCCUGAGAAAUGAUCCAUCAGAUGAGGACCGUGUUUCAGAUGUGCGAAAGGUUUUGAAUUCUGGAAACUUUUAUUUUGCUUGGUCAUCUUCUGGUGUGAGUUUAGAUCUAAGUCUUAGUGCCCAUCGCAGAAUUAAAAAGGAUACCACUGACAACAGAUUUUUUGGUAAGAUACAAUUUGCCUUCUUUAGGAACCAAUCUCUGCAUUUACAUUUUAAGCAUUAUGGAGUAAACUGUGAAGACUGGUUAUUGCGUUUGAUGUGUGGAGGGGUGGAAAUCCGGACCAUAUAUGCCGGACACAAACAAGCUAAAGCCUGUGUAAUUUCCAGAUUAAGCUGUGAAAGAGCAGGGACCAGGUUCAAUGUGCGGGGAACUGAUGAUAAUGGCAAUGUUGCAAAUUUUGUAGAGACGGAGCAGGUGAUUUUCCUUGAUGACUCCUUAUCCUCCUUCAUACAAAUACGUGGGUCAAUACCACUGUUUUGGGAGCAACCUGGUAUACAGGUUGGUUCACAUCGAGUGAGAAUGUCCAGAGGAUUUGAAGCAAAUGCACCAGCUUUUGACAGACAUUUCAGCACUUUAAGAAGAUUAUAUGGCAAACAAGUUGUAAUAAAUCUCCUGGGAGUUAAGGAAGGUGAACAUAUGCUGAGUAAAGCUUUUGUGAGCCAUUUGAAAGCCUCUGAACAUGCUUCUGCUAUUCAAAUGAUUAACUUUGAUUAUCAUCAGAUGGUGAAAGGAGGAAAAACAGAUAAACUGAAUACUGUACUUAAAGCCCAGAUUCAAAAAUUUUUGGAUGAAUGUGGGUUCUUUCACUUUGCUGCAGAUAAUAUUCAGAGAUGUCAGUCUGGAACCAUUAGAACUAACUGUCUUGAUUGUCUGGAUAGAACUAAUAGUGUACAAGGAUACAUUGGACUUGAGAUGCUGUCAAAGCAGUUGGAAGAAAUGGGCUUAACUGAGAAGCCGCAACUGGUUGCACGUUUUGUUGAAGUUUUCCGUUCAAUGUGGUCAGUAAAUGGAGACUCGAUAAGUAAAAUCUAUGCUGGUACAGGGGCCCUAGAAGGCAAAGCAAAGGGUGGAAAGUUAAAAGAUGGUGCACGUUCUGUUACAAGAACCAUUCAGAACAAUUUUUUUGACUCCUCCAAACAAGAAGCCAUAGAUAUUCUAAGACUUGGCAGCACAUUGAAUAGUGAUUUGGCUGAUAAAGCGCGUGCUUUGUUGACAACUAGUAGCCUUCAUGUAUCUGAACUAACUUUACAGUCAGCCUCACCUAGAGUUCUUCUUGGUAUGUGUCAGGAAUACUACAAGUAUACAAAGCCAAAACAGAUUAGAGUUUGUGUUGGUACAUGGAAUGUGAAUGGAGGGAAGCAGUUUCGAAGCAUUGCUUUUCGGAAUCAGACUCUUACUGAUUGGUUACUUGAUGCACCAAAAAUAGCUGGUGUACCAGAUUUUCAUGAUUCAAAAACAAACCCUGUUGAUAUUUUUGCCAUUGGUUUUCAAGAAAUGGUGGAGCUAAAUGCGGGCAAUAUUGUGAAUGCUAGUACUACUAAUCAAAAAUUGUGGGCUGCUGAACUGCAAAAAAACAUAUCAAGGGACCACAAGUAUGUUUUGCUGGCAUCUGAACAGCUUGUUGGAGUAUGUCUGUUCAUCUUCAUAAGACCCCAACAUGCACCUUAUAUCAGGGAUGUUGCAGUUGACACUGUUAAGACAGGAAUGGGAGGAGCAGCUGGUAAUAAGGGGGCAGUAGCAGUCCGCAUGCUGUUUCACUCAACAAGCAUAUGCUUUGUCUGCUCACACUUUGCUGCAGGACAGUCUCAGGUGAAAGAAAGAAAUGAAGAUUACCUAGAGAUUUGCCGGAAACUUACCUUUCCAAUGGGAAGAUUAUUAUUUUCUCAUGAUUAUGUAUUUUGGUGUGGAGAUUUUAAUUAUCGCAUUGACCUUCCUAAUGAAGAGGUAAAAGAGUUGAUCCGCCAGAAAAAUUGGGAUGCACUUACAACAGGAGACCAACUGCUUAAUCAGAAAAAUUCAAAUCAGGUUUUCAGAGGAUUUAUGGAAGGCAAAUUAGAUUUUCCACCCACAUAUAAAUAUGAUUUGUUUUCUGACGACUAUGACACCAGUGAAAAAUGUAGAACUCCAGCCUGGACAGACCGAAUUCUUUGGAGGAGGAGAAAAUGGCCUUUUGAAAAAUCUGCUGAAGAUGUGAAUUUACUGAAUACAGAUGCUAAUGAAGAAGAAAAGCCAACUUAUACAUGGAAACCUGGAAAUCUUUUAUUUUAUGGCAGAGCAGAAUUAAAAACAUCUGAUCACAGACCAGUUGUUGCUGCUCUGGAUGUUGAUGUUCUACAAGUGGACCCAGAAGCCCGACAGAGAGUUUACAAAGAUGUUAUUGCUGCACAAGGACCCCCUGAUGGAACUAUUGUAGUUUCACUGAGUAGUCCCAACUCUGAAAGUGAUUUCUUUAAUGACAGUCUAAUUGAUCAUCUCCUUCAGCAAUUUAAUGAAUAUGGUGACAUAAUCCUUGUAAGGUUUAUUGAAGAGAAAAUGUGGAUCACAUUUUUGGAAGGCUAUUCUGCAAUUCAUGCUUUGAGAUUAAAUGGAACUGCAGCGUUAGGAAGAGUACUGACAGUUUCUCUAAAAGGCCCAGACUGGGCAGACUGUAUUGAAGAGGAAAUCAAUGCAGAGGACUUCUCUGCUUGCAUGCCCACCUCUGGCAGUUCUACUCUUUUGGGAGAAGAUGCAGAGAUUACUGCAGAUUAUGAUAUGGAAGGAGAUGUAGAUGACUAUAGUACUGAAAUAGAGGAGAUCUUUCCUCGACAUCUACAACCUGCCCCCAGCACUGGUCCUGGAAAAUCUCCUCGUUCAUCUCCAAGAACAAGUCCUUGCCCCUCACCUACAAUGCCUGAUGUAGUACUUCCUAUCAUUCCAAGUAGGCCAAAUCGUGCUCCACGUGCUGCAGUGCCACCUUCAUCUGUUCAAGCGGACUUUCAGCCUGUUCAUGUGCAUAAAGAGAUAACUCAAGGGCUAGAACCAAAGCGCCCACCUCCUCCUCGUCCGAGUGUUCCACCAUCACGACCUGCACCUCCACAGAGACCUCCACCUCCAUCAGGCCUAGGAGCUCCACCCAGUCCAGGUUUAGCUAGGCGAGACAUUGAAGCUCCAAAGAGUCCUGGAUUAGAGAGAACAGAUUUGGGAGGUCGAUGUCAGAUACUCUCACAGGCUGGUCAAGGAAUUGCUGGAGCAUCAAAACCAACUAUUCCUCCACGUGCAGGUGUAAUCAGCAUGGUACCUCAUCCUGAGCAGCACAUCUCAAAGCUGAAUCCACAAGCUCGAAAUCAGCCUAAAAAUUUCAAUAUAGGAGUACCUCUGCUUCCUGAGCCACUGAAGCCAGAAGUGGUUUCUCCUGUGCAACCCCCAACACAUCAGCCAUCUUCAAAGUAUCUGGCAGAACCUGGGGCACAAAUCCUGCCCUCUCCAACUAUACAAGGACUUCCAGGAACAUCUUUAGAAGCACCUCCACAGCCCCCACCUCGAAGCAGAUCAACCCACUCCAUUCCAGAGCCUGAUACUUUAACACAGGUGUCAGCCAAUGGGUUUACUACUCGGAAAGAAGCACAAUCAAAGGCCGACAUUUCAGAAGAGCCUCAGCUAGAUCUGUUUCCUCACACCUGGUUACAAACCCAGUUUACUUCAAGUAAAUCUCUGCUUGUAUCUGCUCCAACUGAACCAAACCUCUGCCAGUUCAGUCACUUAUCGCAUGGCUUUGUAUCUUUGCCACCUAUUCCACCACGCAGUAAAAUUCAGGACAGUGUUAAUGUCUGUCAAGAUUUAGUCACUUCUGUGCCAGAUAUGAUGUCAAUCAGCAUGGAUGAACAGAUGGAUAAAAAAACAAAUGAGAAAGCCAAAUACUGCAGUACUUUGACAACAUUGUGUGUGGCAGCAGAUACAGCAACAUGCUUGCCAAAGCAAAAUAAAGAUACGUUUUCCAUUGAUCCUUUUACACAGCUCUUCAACUCUAAAGCUGCACAAACCAAACAGUGGGUUACAUUUGAUAACGAAUGAGCUAUGACCCAAAAGAUCAGGUGUAGACAAAAUGAGGCUGAUAAUCAAGACAGUUUCAAAUCAAAUGUCAUUUUGUCUGAACAAUGUUUCUUUGAUGCCGAUUUUGGUCUUGGGAGUGAUUGUCAAUUCCCUUUAAGCAGACCUACUUCGGCUCAGUGGGCUAAGGUUUGCGGCAGUAUUCCAACACAAGCAGAUUUACAGAACAAAAGAGUGAAAACAAAUGUUUGAGUACCCAAACCUUUGUGUAAAAUUUAGGGUUUCCUCACUUACUCAAACCAUGUAUUUCUGCAAGCCACUAUACUAAUUUACUUCGUCAGACAACGUUUAUUAAUAAUUCUUUAUAAAAUAUUGAUAGCAAUGGUAUGUGUGUAUAUAAAGGAUAUUUUAAUCAUGUCUUGUUAAGUAAUAAUAAAGUAAUGUGUGCCGAAUUCCACUAAUCUGUUAUCACAUUGGAUAAUUGUUGGGGUUUUUUUCUCUCAGUUAAAUAUACAUACAGCUUUUACUAAUUCUUGGGUCAUAAGAUAAUAAUCUGAAUAAAUAUAAAUUGCUACUUCAAAAUACUCUGAAUAAUGAGCCUCAAUGAGCAAGUAAUAUUCAUAUAAAUGUUAUUUUAGAAGUAAGAGUGACUUUGUAAUACCUAAGCUUCUGUUACAGCGUGCUGUACAAUGUAUUUAACAAAAGUUAUUGUCAAGCCCUUCAAAUCAUAAAUAUCCUGCAGCUGACUGACUAUAUUAUGACAAAACACUUCUUCUGAAAAUCAGUUUUAGAUAAGUGUAAGGAGUAUAUAUUGAUUGUACAUUAGCAGUAGCUGUUUGGGGGGUGAUAAUCAGUGGUUUUAUUUAUUGAGCCUGCAAUCUCAACAAAGCUUACUGUGUAUGACCAGUACAGCCUACCAUUUGUGCGCCAGUUACUGUAUGUUGUUUCUGUUUAUGUAUUUGAAGCAGUGUGCCGUUCAAUUAGAGCAGUUAUUUUUCAUAAACAUUUGUAACUAGAGCGCUGCUUUUAUUUCUUAUAUAUAUACUGGUAAAAGAUGUAUGUAUAUGUAUUUUUAAAUGAAAAAUGGAAAGAUAUCCUCAUUUGUCAAAACUGUUAGCAAACUAAGCAUUAAACUGUUCAGUCAUGUAAAUGAUUUGAUAAAGUGUAUGAAAGAAGUGUUUUAGAAGAGACAAAUAUGAUUCAAAGGCUGGGGUUGAAAGCUAUAAAAUAGCUUCUUGCUGUCUGUGUAGAAAAUGUACUGUAGUUUUCAUGUGUUUGUUAUGUAGACAGUUUAUUGUUAAAACUAAAUAUCCUACUGUUUAAAAUUGGUGAUGUCUGAAACACAUUAAUGCUAUAAAAAGUGCUAACAGGUAAUAACUUUAAUAGCAUUCUAUAAAUAUUUGUGGAAGAAGUUAUUUGUGUUACAUAUACAGUAAACAUCUUUUGUGAAAUGUGAUGUUGUGUUGCUCUAAAAAUAAAAAGUAAAAAAAAGCAUAUAAAGUAAGCAAGAUGGAAUUUUUAAAAAAUGAGUAUGUAUUGUCUUAAUGCACUAGAAAACUGUUGAAAAUUUUGGGAACUGUUACUGUUAUCUUUAAAUAAUUUUCAUUUGAAACACUUUGUAGUAAAAGUAUUGUUUUUUUUAAUGAAAACAAUUCAGAGAACAUUUCAGGUUUUUCAACAAUAAACAGGAUAUUGCAGUGAUUAAUACACUUAUUUUAAACUUCCACAGACCAGGAUUUAAUUGCCAAUGUGGUUAUUGCCUCUUCUCUGCCUAUGGAGAUUUUGUGUUAGUGCUUCAUUUUCCGCCCUGAUGUGGCAGAUGUUU